AGAGGAGUGGCUGGGGCUGGGGGCCUCCAUGCGUGGGCCAUGGACAGAGCGGCGCUCCUGGCCCUGCCCAGCUUGUGUGCGCUGUGGGCAGUCGUGCUGUCGCUGUUCCCCUGCGGAACCCAAGGCAACUGGAUGUGGUUGGGCAUCGCCUCCUUCGGGGUACCGGAGAAGCUGGGCUGCGCCGGCUUGCCGCUGAACAGCCGCCAGAAGGAGCUGUGCAAGAGGAAACCGUACCUGCUGCCGAGCAUCCGCGAGGGCGCCAGGCUGGGCAUUCAGGAGUGCAGAAGCCAGUUCCGACACGAGAGGUGGAACUGUAUGGUCGCCACUGCCACCUCCACCCAGCUCGCCACAGCCCCCCUCUUUGGCUAUGAGCUGAGUAGCGGCACCAAGGAGACAGCAUUCAUUUAUGCCAUCAUGGCUGCAGGCCUGGUGCACUCUGUAACCAGGUCAUGCAGUGCAGGAAACAUGACCGAAUGUUCCUGUGACACCACCUUGCAGAACGGUGGCUCCGCAACUGAAGGCUGGCACUGGGGAGGAUGCUCUGAUGAUGUCCAGUAUGGCAUGUGGUUCAGCAGGAAGUUUCUGGAUCUCCCCAUCAGAAACACCACAGGAAAAGAAGGCAAAGUCCUGCUGGCUAUGAAUCUACACAACAAUGAAGCGGGGCGGCAGGCUGUCGCCAAGUUAAUGUCUGUGGACUGCCGCUGCCACGGAGUUUCCGGCUCCUGUGCUGUGAAAACCUGCUGGAAGACUAUGUCCUCUUUUGAAAAGAUUGGGCAUUUUUUAAAGGAUAAAUAUGAAAACAGCAUCCAGAUCUCAGACAAAACCAAGAGGAAAAUGCGCAGGAGAGAAAAAGAUCAGAGGCAGACACCCAUUCUCAAGGAUGACUUGCUAUAUGUCCAUAAGUCUCCCAACUACUGCGUGGAGAACAAGAAACUGGGUAUUCCUGGGACACAGGGCCGAGAGUGCAAUCGGACAUCAGGAGGCGCGGAUGGCUGUAACCUCCUCUGCUGUGGCCGAGGCUACAACACCCACGUAGUCAGGCACGUGGAGAGGUGUGAGUGUAAGUUCAUCUGGUGCUGCUACGUCCGCUGCAGGAGGUGUGAGAGCAUGACCGACGUCCACACUUGUAAGUAACCUCUCCAUCCAGCCUAGCAUGAGCCACCUCAGUAGCAACCAAGGCGUUGUCAUCUGGAGGGCGCCCCCUACUGUGCACGGCGCUGCCUGUAAGAGUGUUUCCCAGACCCCUGGGCCAGUCUGCAGUGUCUUCUUUCUGGAAGACUUAAAUCACAAGCUGAUCUUGAGGACUGCUUGGGAUUCUAAAGUUGAAAAUCUUUAGAUGGUUUGGUGAAUAUGCAUUGACAUAUAGGGAACAGCAAUCCGUUUC